UUGGCUUUAGUUUCUCUGCGCAUCCCUUCAAGUUGAGUCCUUCAUUGAAAACCCUGCGUUUGGCGCACCAAGACGCAGCGCGCGCGCCACUUUUAAUCAGAUUACAUUCUUUCUCCUUCCUCCUCCCUACAGUAGCGGUGCAGGAGUGGCCCAAGCCCAAAGCAGCGAUUCAGAUCAGAUUUCACCUAAACCAGCUGGGAAGAGAGAGAGAGAGAGAGCGAGGGAGAGAGACGAGGAGAGGGGAGAGAGGUUCGUCAGUCUCCCUCCUCCCAAAUCCAGAAAAGCUUCACCAAGGAAGGGGAGGAAAGAAGGAGGAGUGUCUGGUCUCAGACAGAGACAGCGAGGAAUCCGGAGGAAUUUCCGAGGAUAUUUUCUUCCACUCUUGAUAAUCAAGCUUUGCAAAGAAAAAAAAAAGGGUGAGGGGAAUAAAAGCAGAGAAAAGUUGGAGGGGAGGCAGCAGCAGGGACCGUGGUCAGGGAUGGACGAGCAGCCCCGCUUGAUGCACUCCCACGGCGGGGUGGGCAUGGCCGGACACCCCGGCCUGGCGCAGCACAUGCAGGAUGGCACGGCGGGGACGGACGGGGACGGGAGGAAGCAGGACAUCGGAGACAUCUUACAGCAAAUCAUGACCAUCACAGACCAAAGCUUAGACGAAGCCCAGGCGAGGAAACAUGCACUCAACUGCCACAGAAUGAAACCUGCCCUCUUCAACGUCUUGUGUGAAAUAAAAGAGAAAACAGUUCUUAGUAUCCGUGGCGCCCAGGAGGAGGAGCCUCCAGAUCCACAGCUGAUGCGACUCGACAACAUGCUUCUGGCGGAGGGCGUGGCCGGGCCGGAGAAAGGCGGUGGGUCGGCGGCUGCGGCAGCCGCUGCGGCGGCCACCGGCGGCAUCGGUGCAGACAACUCAGCAGAACACUCAGACUACAGGGCCAAGUUGUCUCAGAUCCGACAGAUCUACCAUACGGAGCUGGAGAAGUACGAGCAGGCGUGCAAUGAGUUCACCACCCAUGUGAUGAACCUGCUGAGGGAGCAGUCUCGAACACGACCCAUCUCGCCCAAAGAGAUUGAGCGCAUGGUCAGCAUCAUCCACCGCAAGUUCAGCUCCAUCCAGAUGCAGCUCAAACAGAGCACCUGCGAGGCCGUCAUGAUCCUGCGCUCACGCUUUCUCGAUGCGAGACGGAAGAGAAGGAACUUCAACAAGCAGGCGACAGAGAUCCUGAAUGAGUAUUUUUACUCCCACCUCAGUAACCCCUAUCCAAGUGAGGAGGCCAAAGAGGAGCUGGCCAAGAAAUGUGGCAUCACUGUGUCACAGGUAUCAAACUGGUUUGGGAAUAAGAGAAUCAGAUACAAGAAAAACAUCGGCAAGUUCCAAGAAGAGGCCAACAUGUAUGCAGCCAGGACUGCGGUCAACGCCACCAGUGUGUCGGCUCACGGCAGCCAGGCCAAUUCCCCGUCAACUCCCAAUUCAGCAGGUUCAGCUGGCUCUUUUAACAUGUCAAACUCCGGAGACUUGUUCAUGAGUGUGCAGUCCCUCAAUGGGGACUCGUACCAAGGGGGGCAGGUUGGGGCCAACAUACAAUCCCAGGUGGAUACUCUUCGCCAUGUUAUCAGCCAGACCGGAGGAUACAGUGACAGCCUCGCAGCCAGCCAGAUGUACAGUCCACAAGGCAUCAACACAAACGGUGGCUGGCAAGACGCUCCGACUCCUUCGUCAGUGACAUCGCCCACAGAAGGACCUGGAAGCGUUCAUUCAGAUACUUCCAACUGAAUAUACCCAUCUCCACACUUCAUCCACACAAAAAAGAAAAAGAAAGGAAAAAAAGCAAGGACUGGUGUUGUUCCCCACAGUAUUAAACAAAGGAAUUCACUUUUCCACCGUUUGGCGAGUUCCUUCGAGAUCCUAAAAACGACAGAAAGUUUCUCCGCUUGGACUUUUGAGAUACAAAAACGAGAAGUUUCACAAUAAAACUUUUAAAAAAAAAAAGACGUCGACCGAGAGUUUGUACAGAUUUCACAUUAUAAUCAGAGGGCUGGGGUUUACUUAUUCACUCAUAAUGUUUUCACUCGAUCGGAUGAAAUGAGACAAAGUAGAUCGACUAAAUCAUCGGUUCAACUUCAUUCUACCUCUCAGCCACCAUAACGAGUAGAAGAAAAUGUCAGUGACCAUUCUUUGUUUUUUUUGUAAAAAAAACGUUUAAAAAAAAUUAAAUUUUUUGCCUUUGCAAGCAGGAGGCACAUCUUCUUACAUUUCGUUGUCUCUCACCUACUCUAUGGUACGCCAUUUUAGAUGAAAUAUUGCUCAGUUGUUUAUGAUGUGUGCUCAAUUAAAGUAUGUUCAUCCUCCCCUUCUGUCUCCGACAAGUCAAAACUGAGUUCUGUCAGGAGAUUUUACCUCGAAGGUAACCCUGUGAAGUAUGUUAUCUGUAAAACAAUAAAUAAAUACUUGUCAUCAA